GAAGUCGGCUGUCAAAAGGUGAAAUGUGUCCCUUUCCCAUUUGUGCACAGCAUAUCCCUCAGCACAAACACGCCGAGUUAGGAGAAAAAUUCGCAAAGCACAUCAAUCUUUUGAUUGAAGAAUUUGACAGAAGAUUUACUUUGUCUAAAGAUGAUGACAUCCAGUUGAAGCUGAUUGAAGAUCCCUUUUCUGUGGAUCCAGAGGAAGUGCCACUAGAUUUGCAGUUGGAGAUUAUUGAACUUCAAUGUUCGGCAGUUUACCAAAAUAAGCACAGAGAAAGCAGCCUGCGGGAUUUCUACAAAAGUCUGGACAAUGAAAAAUACAAGAAUCUUAUCGAAAUUGCACUGAAAAUGUUCAGCAUUUUUGGAAGCACUUACAUACGUGAACAAACAUUUUCCAUCAUGAACAUGAAUAAAAACAAGCAACGUCCUUCUCUGACAACCAUUUGGAAGACAUUAUGAAAAUAUCCACUUCAAAUAUGACCGCUGAAUAUGACAAGCUUGUUGCCGAAAAGAGAUGUAAUAGCUCUCAUUAAAUUUGCAAGAUAUGGAGCCCAGGAUGUUGCAGCUCCUUUUCGUCCUCUAUGUCUUGGCCCUCCCAGUCCAGCUCUGUGAAAUCCCCAGGGGAAAUCCUCUGAUCAAAUGCCUGAACAUGGAGCUCUUGAGUCUCAGCCAGGAUCUGUCGGAGGAGCUGAACCCCAGUGUGUAUGUGGCCCUUCGUCUUUCUGCUGAUCACAGUCUGGAGAAAGAGGCCCAGUACCUCCAGCGACUGAAGAAUGUCUUCCAGCCCAGUGCCAGCAGCUCCAUAGCAGAUGGCCAACAGAAGCAGCCCAACACAGGCCGCCUGGCUCUGUACCUCCUAGCACUGCGGGCUGCCUGCCAGGACAUGGAGACGCUCCUGGAGAGGCAGCUGGUGACCCGGUUGAAGCACCAUCUGCACAAAGAGAAGGAGCAGAUAGCUUUCAGAAGGAAUGGCCGCCCCAUCACUAGUUACUACCAGUACAGCCUGGGGGUCUUGGCCCUGUGUGUCCAUGGCAAGAAGAUCGACUCCCAUGUGAUCCAGAAGCUCCUGAAUGCUGAGCAGCACAACAAGUUCAUGCAUGGCAGCAAGCUCUCUGUGGACACCACAGCCAUGGCAGGCUUGGCCUUUGCCUGCCUGAAGCAGGCCAACCUCUACGAACCCAAGCUAGUGGCAGCAAUCAGCCUGGCUGUCCAGAGAGUGACGAACAGGAUUCUCCAGGCUCAGACCUCCAAGGGCACCUUCGGCAACAUCUUCAGUAGCCCACUGGCCAUGCAGCUCUUGAUCGCCACCGGGAUGAGCAAGAAGCCAGUGUGUCCCAAAGGCAUGGAUGCCCUGCUGGGGAGCCUGGAACAGGGUCACUUCCAGAACCCCAUGAUCAUGUCCCAGCUGCUGCCCGUGCUGGAUGGCAAGAGCUACCUGGAUAUUGCCACCAUGGAGUGCCGGGCAGAGCAAGACACUUUGGAGCUAGACACCAAAUGCCCAGGAUCCAGGACAGUAAUUCUGGGGACCAAGAUGAUCACUGUUCAGCUGGCUGUGGAGCACCCUCCGAACCCUGAGACGUUGUACAACCACUCCAUCCAGGUGCCAUCUGGGUCCUCCCUCCAGGACGUGCUGAGAACCGCUGCCGAACAGGGCCCUGGGCAAUUCACGUUUGAAACCCAGAACACCUUGCAUGGUCCAUUUUUAACCGCAGUGAUGGGGGUGAAAGCCAGCAAUGGAGAGCGGAGAUACUGGCAACUCCUCCAGGCCCCAGACACCAGUCUUCAGAAAGGCAUCUCUGACUACCACCCUCAGGAUGGAGAGUCCAUCAUCCUGAAGUUUAGCCCAUGGUAGAAGGCCUGCUGCCUGCCUUCCAGCUCUCUGCCCCACCUCAAUCCACAGUGAACUCUCUACCCCAGAAGCAGGAGGUCUCAGCUGGGAAGGGCAGCAUACGCAUGUCAGCCUGCGAGCCCUGUGUCCACAGAGUGGCAUCUUCCUCCCCACAGACUGAAGUCCAUAACGCAAGUCCCUGGCCUCCUGUCAGGGUGUGUGUCUAUCUGUCAAAAGGGGUAAAUUCCCUCCUGCCCUGGAGACGUGUUCUGCUGUGGAUCACCCACAACCAUCCACUCAAUGGAAACUAACCAUGCCAGGGAGUGGGGAGCAGCAGGUUUGGUGUGAAUGAAAAACCUUGAAUAUGACGACAUAGUGCAUCAUAAUUCUGAUUUUCUAAUGCAGCUUUAACCCUUGCUGUGCUGUGGCUGUCUAAACUGCCACCCAAUGAGUACAUAGGAUGUGUCUGGAUCCUUCUGCUUGCUGGAUGCACUUUGCUUCCCACAGGCCCACUGUACCAGUGCCCUGGUGUGACUGGGCUCCUGGGGAUUCUCUAGACUGAGCCCUCUAUAUAGUAGUCACUGCACAGCUCGCAGGCCAGGGAUUCCCUCCCUGCUCCCGCCCAAAUUCCUGAAGCAACAGAACUGCUGCUGUGAUGAGAGGAUGUGGCUGAUAUCUCUGCUGUCUGGAGAGCAGUGGGUGGGAACCUGGUCCCUGUGCUGAGGGGAGAUGGUGCCCCCAUGCAGCCACUUUCUCUCAGUCUGACAUUUGGAUCUGAAAUGAUUAAAGCUUUGAUUGCAAACCUGA